AUGGGUAAUGAGUGCAUGUGGUGUGGGAAUUGUGGUGGCGGAAUGGGUAAAGAGUGCAUGUGGUGUGGGAAUUGUGGUGGCGGAAUGGGUAAUGAGUGCAUGUGGUGUGGGAAUUGUGGUGGCGGAAUGGGUAAUGAGUGCAUGUGGUGUGGGAAUUGUGGUGGCGGAAUGGGUAAUGAGUGCAUGUGGUGUGGGAAUUGUGGUGGCGGAAUGGGUAAUGAGUGCAUGUGGUGUGGGAAUUGUGGUGGCGGAAUGGGUAAUGAGUGCAUGUGGUGUGGGAAUUGUGGUGGCGGAAUGGGUAAUGAGUGCAUGUGGUGUGGGAAUUGUGGUGGCGGAAUGGGUAAUGAGUGCAUGUGGUGUGGGAAUUGUGGUGGCGGAAUGGGUAAUGAGUGCAUGUGGUGUGGGAAUUGUGGUGGCGGAAUGGGUAAUGAGUGCAUGUGGUGUGGGAAUUGUGGUGGCGGAAUGGGUAAUGAGUGCAUGUGGUGUGGGGAUUGUGGUGGCGGAAUGGAUAAUGAGUGCAUGUGGUGUGGGGAUUGUGGUGGAAUGGAUAUUAUUGGAAGAAUUUUAGAAAAAGAUGGACCUGCAUCAACAGUCCGGAGAAAUGAUCAUCUUGGAUCGACUGCAAGAUCUUGA